AUGGACAAUCAGGGGAACAGGUUGUACCUGAACAUUGGCAACAACACCAACAACAACAACCGUCUAGGUGCUGCCUCCUCUGCUGACAGGGCUUAUCCCACCACGCCCUCCACCUUCCCUCAACCUGUGUAUCCUCCUCAAGGAAAUCAGCAAGCUCAACAGCCACUGGCCCAGCAGCAGAAGCAGCAGCAACAACAGCAGUACGGCUACGGACAGCCUGGUUACUUCCUGCCCAACCAGCAGCAGCAGCAGCAGCAGCAGCAACAGCAGCAGCAAUACUCUGCCGGAUACCAAGCUCAAGCCAUGGCCAGCCAUCAUACCGACUUCGCCCAGGGCGGUCUCCGCACACCUGGUGCCAGCAACGACCCCAACACUGGCCUGGCACACAAGUUUUCCCACCAGAACCUUGGCGGAGCUGCCCAGUCUGGCGGCUAUGGCUCCAGAGGUCCCUCUCCAGCUGGCGCCCAGCGACCUCGAACUGCUGGCGGUGGCGGACAGGCCACCAACUACAGCUACCUGAACGCCCCGAUGCCUGGCCAGCCUGGGUCGAAACCCUCCUUUCCUGAAUUCGACGUCGCUCCUGAGCGGAAUCCGGACAAGUUCGGCUCCAAUGCGAACAACAACCAGAAGAAAUGCUCCCAGCUGGCGGCAGACUUCUUCAAGGACAGCGUGAAGCGGGCAAGAGAGCGCAACCAGAGGCAGAGCGAGAUGGAGCAGAAGCUGUCCGAGCCGAACCAACCCUUGGCCCGCAAGGAACAGAUCUGGGCCACCGGCGGCCGCCGCGAGGGCUCCUACCUUCGUUUUCUGCGCACCAAGGACAAGCCCGAGAACUAUACAACGGUCAAGAUCAUUGGCAAGGGCGCUUUCGGUGAGGUCAAGCUGGUGCAGAAAAAGGCGGAUGCCAAGGUCUACGCCAUGAAGUCUCUGAUCAAGACGGAGAUGUUCAAGAAAGACCAGCUGGCCCACGUGCGCGCCGAGAGAGACAUCCUUGCCGAGAGUGACAGCCCGUGGGUCGUGAAGCUCUACACCACCUUCCAGGACGCCAACUUCCUAUACAUGCUGAUGGAGUUCUUGCCCGGUGGUGAUCUGAUGACCAUGCUUAUCAAGUAUGAGAUCUUCUCAGAGGAUAUCACGCGCUUCUACAUUGCCGAGAUUGUUCUCGCGAUCGAGGCUGUCCAUAAGCUGGGCUUCAUUCACAGAGACAUUAAGCCUGAUAAUAUCCUCCUCGACCGCGGUGGACACGUCAAGCUGACUGAUUUCGGCCUGUCGACGGGCUUCCACAAGCUUCACGACAACAACUACUACCAACAGCUUCUGCAGGGCAAGUCAAACCGGCCUCGCGACCGUAACUCGGUCGCCAUCGAUCAGAUCAACUUGACCGUGUCGAACCGCGCACAGAUCAACGACUGGCGCCGGAGCCGAAGAUUGAUGGCCUACUCCACCGUCGGAACUCCCGACUACAUCGCGCCUGAGAUCUUCACCGGCCACGGAUACAGCUUCGACUGUGACUGGUGGAGUCUGGGUACCAUCAUGUUCGAGUGUCUCGUAGGCUGGCCGCCAUUCUGUGCCGAGGACAGCCAUGACACAUACCGCAAGAUUGUCAACUGGAGGCAGAGCCUGUACUUCCCAGACGAUAUCACGCUGGGCGUGGAGGCGGAGAACCUGAUCAGGAGCCUUAUUAUCAACACAGAGAAUCGCCUGGGCCGCAGUGGUGCGCAUGAGAUCAAGAGCCAUGCUUUCUUCCGCGGUGUUGAGUUCGACUCGCUGCGGCGGAUCCGGGCUCCGUUCGAGCCGCGCCUCACGAGCAACAUCGACACGACAUACUUCCCCACGGACGAGAUCGACCAGACCGACAACGCCACGCUUCUCAAGGCGCAGCAGGCACAAGUCGCGGCUCAGAAGAUGGGUGAGGUGGAAGAAGCUCCGGAGAUGAGCCUGCCGUUCAUUGGUUAUACCUUCAAGCGGUUCGACAACAACUUCCGAUGA